AUGGCCAACCGACUCCGAGCCCUCCCCAAGCUCUCCACGCUCCAACACCGCAUGCCACCCGAGCCUGCCCCAGGUACCAAAAGCAGCGAGACAAGUGACUACCGCGCCAUGACCGAGUCACAGUGGCUGGUCCGCUUCGUCUUCCUCGAAACCGUCGCCGGCGUCCCCGGCGCAGUGGCCGGCGGUCUCCGCCAUCUCCACUCCAUCCGCCGCUUCAAGCUCGACCAAGGCUGGAUCAAAACGCUCCUCGAAGAGUCCUACAACGAACGGAUGCACCUCAUCACCUUCACCGAAUUAUACCGUCCCGGCAGAUUGAUGCGGUUCCUGGUGUUCGCGACGCAGGGCAUCUUUUACAACGCCAUGUUUGUCGGGUACCUGAUCUCGCCGAGCUUUUGUCAUCGGAUGGUUGGGUAUUUGGAGGAUGAGGCGGUGUCGACGUAUACUAAGUGUUUGGAGCAGAUGGAUAGGGGGCGGUUGCCGCAGUGGACGGAUGGGGGGUUUCGGAUUCCGGAGAUUGCGGUGAAGUAUUGGAAGAUGCCGGAGGGGAGGAGGACGAUGCGGGAUUUGAUUCUGUAUAUUCGGGCCGAUGAAGCAUCCCACCGAGGCGUGAACCACACGCUGGGGAACCUUGACCAGGUUGAUGAUCCGAACCCGUUCAUCGACGAGCACUCCAACGUUAGCCACAUGCAUUUUGCCGCGGGAAAACCGGCAGGGUUGGAGAGGAUGGAAGCGCUAGAGAAGGCUGGUGCAUUGAAAGGGGGAGGAUCGCUGUGA